CGAGCGCGGCUGGGCGGCCUCGCACAGCGCCGCGUCCCGGGCCUCCGGCGGACAAAAGGGCGCAGGGAAGCGAGACCUCCGGAACGCGAGGGCAGGCGGUGUCGGUGGUGAACGUUUUCUGAUUUUUCCAGAAAUCAAGCAGAAGACUGAGCUGCUGAUGUCAGUUAACUCUGAGAAGUCGUCCUCUCCAGAAAGGCCAGAGCCUCAGCAGAAAGCUCCCUCUGCACCCCCACCUCCGCCCCCGCCGCCGCCGCCGCCCCUGCCCGAGCCCGCCCCGCCUGAGCCCGAGGAGGAGAUUUUGGGGUCCGACGAUGAGGAGCAGGAGGAUCCCGCAGAUUACUGCAAAGGAGGCUAUCAUCCAGUGAAAAUCGGUGAUCUUUUCAAUGGCCGGUAUCAUGUUAUUAGAAAGUUAGGAUGGGGACACUUCUCUACAGUCUGGCUAUGCUGGGAUAUGCAGGGAAAAAGGUUUGUUGCAAUGAAAGUUGUAAAAAGUGCGCAGCAUUAUACAGAGACAGCCUUGGAUGAAAUAAAGUUGCUCAAAUGUGUUCGUGAAAGUGACCCUAAUGAUCCCAACAAGGAUAUGGUUGUACAGCUAAUUGAUGACUUCAAAAUUUCUGGAAUGAAUGGAAUUCAUGUCUGCAUGGUCUUCGAAGUACUUGGACAUCAUCUUCUAAAAUGGAUAAUCAAGUCUAAUUAUCAAGGCCUUCCUAUCCGUUGUGUAAAAAGCAUAAUUCGACAGGUUCUUCAGGGUCUAGAUUACCUACACAGCAAGUGCAAGAUCAUCCAUACGGACAUAAAGCCCGAAAACAUUUUGAUGUGCGUGGAUGAUGCCUACGUGCGCAGGAUGGCCGCUGAAGCUACCGAGUGGCAGAAGGCUGGUGCUCCUCCCCCGUCUGGCUCAGCAGUGAGUACAGCUCCACAACAAAAGCCUGUUGGAAAAAUAUCCAAAAACAAAAAGAAAAAACUGAAGAAAAAACAGAAGAGGCAAGCUGAGCUGCUAGAAAAACGCCUUCAGGAAAUAGAAGAGCUAGAGCGGGAAGCUGAAAGGAAAAAAAUAGAAGAAAACGUAACCUCAGCUGUACCAUCAAAUGAACAAGAAGAUGAGUACCACCCAGAGGUGAAACUAAAAACAGCUGAUAUAGAAGAGGUAGUAGAUGAAGAACCUGGGAAUGAUGAUGGUGAAGCAGAAGAUCAGGAUGAAAAAGAAGACACAGAGAAGGAAAACACUGAAAAAGAUGAUGAUGUUGAGCAGGAACUUGUCAACACUGACUCUACAGACCCUAAAUGGAUAGAAUCCCCCAAAACAAAUGGCCAUAUCGUGAACGGCCCAUUCCUAUUGGAACAGCAGAUUGAAGAUGAAGAUGAGGAAGAGGAAGAAUGUCCAAAUCCAGAGGAGUAUAAUCUUGAUGAUCCAAGUGCAAAAAGUGAUUACUCUUACAGCAGCUCCUAUGAACAGUUUAAUGGUGAAUUGCCAAAUGGACGUCAUAAAAUUCCCGAGUCCCAGUUCUCUGAAUUUUCAGCGUCGGUGUUCUCUGGGGCUCUAGAGUCAGUAGCUUGUGGUUCUGCUAUUUCUGAAGGAUCAACUGUAACCGAAAGAGAGGAGAGCAGCCCGUCUCAUGACAGGAGCAGAACUGUUUCAGCUUCCAGCACUGGGGAUUUGCCAAAAACAAAAACUCGUGCUGCUGACUUACUGGUGAAUCCACUGGACCCAAGAAAUGCAGAUAAAAUUAGAGUUAAAAUUGCUGACCUGGGGAAUGCCUGCUGGGUGCAUAAACACUUCACAGAAGACAUCCAGACAAGACAGUACAGAUCCAUAGAGGUUUUAAUAGGAGCAGGUUACAGUACACCUGCUGAUAUCUGGAGUACAGCAUGUAUGGCGUUUGAGCUGGCGACUGGAGAUUACUUGUUUGAACCACACUCUGGUGAAGACUAUUCCAGGGAUGAAGACCACAUAGCAUUGAUCAUUGAACUGCUGGGAAAAAUCCCUCGAAAAUACGCUAUGUUGGGGAAAUAUUCCAAGGAGUUUUUCACCAAAAAAGGAGAACUCCGACACAUUACCAAGUUGAAACCUUGGAGUCUUUUUGAUGUGCUUGUGGAGAAGUAUGGUUGGCCUCAUGAAGAUGCUGCACAGUUUACAGAUUUCCUGAUCCCCAUGCUAGAAAUGGUUCCAGAGAAACGCGCUUCAGCUGGGGAAUGCCUUAGGCAUCCGUGGCUGAAUUCUUAGCAGAAUCUUCCAGCUGUAAAAAAAAAGAAAAAAAAGCCAGCAACCACUUUCCAAUGCGUUGGACCUAUAUGGUGACUGUCACAAAAUCUUUAGCAGGAUCACACGUGAGCUGGCUUCAAUCCUCAGACCUUUAUUUUGCUUGAGGUACUGUUUGACAUUUUGCUUUUUGUGCACUGUGUUCUUGGGGAAGGGUAGUCUUUUUGUCCUCAGCUAGUAGUUUACUCACCCACUUUCUUCAGAAAACACUUAACGUGUCUUUAAGCAUUGUUUCUUGUGUUGUGCGACAUUCAGAUGUCAGAUUUUUGAACAAAAGAAACUUCCCCCCAUGUGUUUUGGCAAGUUUUGUAACUAUUUAUGGAAAAAAAAAUAUUUUAGCUGAUGCAUAUUAUAUAAUUUACGAGUGUAAGAAAUUUAUCAAGUCAGAACUGAGUUACGGCGAGGAAUUGUACAAUUUUAUCUUCUGGCAAAGGGAUGUCAUUCUGUAUUAUAGUGUAUGUAAAUGCACCCUGUAAAUGUUUAUUUCCAUUUAAAUAUGGGACUGGGGACUCAAUUUCAGAGUAAAGCGACCUAAGUUUUAGAGAGCUUUAUAGCAAACCAAUUGCAUGUAGUGGACUUUAAACCGCUUUAAGGAAUUGUGUAAACUUUCUAUUCUGUAGCAGUUCCUGUUCAUUGGGUUUUAAACAAAGUGGCUCUGGUUUACAGGAUUUCAUUCCCCAAACGGCACUUUAAAGGAAGGCUAGACUUCUUUCUAAUAAAGUAUGCAUUAUCAUUUAGCACUCCCUUUUAGAAUUUUUGCCUAUUUUAAGUGCUUUUAAGAAAAGAAAAAUAGCAAUUUCCCUUACAAUGUGAUAGUGAAGACAUGGUACCAUAUGGUGUUGCCUUUUUAUAAGCACUGUAAGUUGUACUAUACCUUAAGAAAAAGAAUUAAAAGUAGAGCAUGAGAACCACUCUCUGUGUAGAAUUACUGAUCUUUUAUAAUAAAAGUGUGUGCUUGGCAUCAGUUAAGGAAGGAUAUAGCUGCAGAUAUUUACAGUGCAGUGGGUAAAAUAAUCCAAGAAGCAAGAUCAUGCUCAUUCCAUUCAUAGCUUUACAUGUUUCUAAAACAAAUUGCACUAGCUUUAUUCUUUCCCAUCGUAGAUAUACGACUGCCCAUCGUAAGUUGCACGCAACAAUUAUGUGUUUCCUAGGAAAAAAGGCUGCAUAGGCUGAAGCUUAUAGGCAAUACAGAUUUUAGAAUGUACAGUACGGAGGUGUGUUUGGGCCUCUUUUAGAAGUCAGUGGGAUGAAUGUAAGCUUACUCCUGAUCUUCAUGUAACUACAGUGCCACUUUUUUCUUGACUUUGUCCAUAUAAAAAUUAUUCACAUGCCUUUGCAAUAACUAGAUUGUGAGAAGAUAGCCCCAUGCUGUAACAAUAACCAGUUGUUUGAGGUGCUUGCAGUUGUCUAAUUAAAGUGUUUUGUUUUUUCAGA